AUGUCUACUCCCUCCUGGACCGAUUGUUGCCCAGAGCAGGACGUCGAACGCUUUUCCGAGCGCAGUACUGAGCGCAGACAAGUUUUUCAGGAUGCUGCUACUCGACUGGACACCAAGAUUCCACCUUCGAUAUGGGCGUUCCUUCAAGUCGCCGACCUGGAGCUAGUCAAGCAAAUCACCCAUAGCGGAUUCUCGUGGAAUACGAUGAAGGAAGGUAGCAUAACAACCUGCUCUUCAAAAGUUAAAGACGCCCUGCGACUUUGGAAACAGAGACCAGAGGAAAGGAUGACGGAGGACACUACACCAGCACCGAAGCGCACGCAUUCCAAGGCUUUCUCCAACAAUGCCUUAUCUGAGUCUCCAUCGCACCGCUCCCAGAUGCCGACCUCCGAGACAAGAACUAGGUCAGGAAAACCACUGGGUGCCCCAGAGGGCAGCGUUAGGCGUGACGUUGGGAUCGCCAAGCGCAGCAAAGAAAGAGACGGUAACCUCUGUGUUAUCUCCAAGAUGAGUGCGGCCCAAGCAUGCCAUAUCUACCCAUGGUGUGCUUUUGGAGCGCAAAGUACGGAUCGUGUGGCCAAUUUUUGGGGGGUUCUGAGGUUGUUUUGGCCCAAGGACAAGGUGGACGCCUGGCACGCCAAAAUAUUCCACGAUAACGGUACACCACACGGAACUGAGACGGUCGAGAACAUGAUCACCUUCACUGCGAGCCUGCACAAUUUUCACACAGAAGGUGCCUUCGCGCUGCGACCUGUACGCAUAACGGCCGACAAAACUCAACUCGAACUAGAGUUCCACUGGCUCAAGAGACAGGUCCGCGAUUCAAGAGCAACGGUAGAUCUUUUAGAGCUACCCAUGUCCUCUCGAGGCCUGACAGAUUCCGGACAUGGACAAUACCUAUGUUAUCUGGACAACGGCGUUCCAACCCGGCUUGUCAGCGGCAAAAUAUUCACUAUGACGACCGACGACCCGGUUAACAAACCCCUUCCAGACCCGGGCCUCUUGGAGUUGCAGUGGCAUCUCCAGCGCAUCCUUGCGAUGUCAGGCGCGGCGGGGUGGAAGGAGGACGACUUCGACGACGACGAUGAUUCCGAUCCACCUGGGGAAUUUGUUCAACAGUGGAUUGAGGAUACGUGGGAACAUCGUCAGGAUUGGGGUCCGUCUCGAGACGGGUCGGUCGACAAUAGUGAUGGUGCAUACUGA